CUUCAGAGAAGAGUAGACGACCGGCCAGAGUGGAUCUAAAAGAACAUCGGACGGAAACCUAGCUCACACAAAAGACACGCUACCGGACUUUGCUUAUACGCAUCAUGUGCCACUACUGACAUGCACAGCAGAUCCCAUGGAACCGCAGUGACCACAGAAGCGAGCGCAGGACGUCCGCGGCCGCAGCCGAGCGAGAGCCGCAAAGAGCAACACGGCUCCGGCGUCUGCUUGCAAGACAUCGACCAUUUAGGAGGAGCACCCGCAGCGGGCGCGCUGCGCUCGCCGUCCCGCUUCCGGAGCAACAUCUCCCCCCUCCUCUCCCCGGAGCGCCGCGGCGUGUUUGAGACCAGAACCAUCUUUCACUUUCCGUACCGGCGAUCGUCCAGCGGAUACUUCUCCAUCGAGGGAGAAUCUCUGCCGAGCUCGCCGCUCUCGACGCGCGUCUCCGCCUUCACUCAGACGCCCAGCCCCUCGGCUCAGGCGCUGGAGCACGCCCUGGCGCGCGUCGCUGAGGAGGCGCAUUACCCGAGGGCGACGCUGCAGGGAAGUUCUGUCUGGCGUCCGAGCGCCGGGCUCGGACCGGCUGCUGGGGACAUGCAGGCCGUGGAGGUCGGACAGGAGCUUCGACGCAUCGGAGAUGACUACAACGACUACAUAAUGAGGGGAGCGGCACGUAGAGGGGCAGCAGCCCUUCAGAACCAGUUGCCGGUUCUGCACAUUCACCAGGAACCCGCCCUCCUCCUCUGCAUGGGCCUCCUGGUUCUCGUGAUCGUAUGGUACUUUGGCUGAGACCCCAACGGCCAGCCGCACCACCCUCAGGGUUAGCUCAUGGAGGGGGGGUGAAAAAAACCAUAAACCCAGCAGACGUAGCAUUCGACAAGUCUUCUUCUUACUAUUUCAGGAAGUGGAUACUUUGAGGAACUCUAAAAACGUCUGGAAUUUCCACUUUUUCCCCUCUCGUCUCUGAGCCUUUGCUGUGAAACCAGAGUUGGGAAUUUGCACUCCCAUCCAGAACGCAAACAAACCCCUCAGCCCCGACCCCGGAAGAUGACGCCUGUGGAAAUCCAAACGUGCCUUGUACAUUCUCCUGCUAAUUCCUUUUGGUUUACUUCUUUGAGAUAUGGUUGAACAGAAAGGUAACAGUCAACUCAGCAGACACAGGGUUGUUAAAUGUGUGGGUCCAUCAAUUCCGAAGAUGAAAGGGAUCUUUAAAACUCUUGUCACAGCUCAAAAGCCGCGGUUUCUACGAUGUUUUAUGUCCGUUUUUGACCCAUUUUUUAAUAUAUCGCAUCUCUGUCAAGGAGGCUUUCCCAGUUUCCCAAUUUCGAGGGAUGGAGUUAGCAAAUCCAGUCUCCUGCCCUACAAAACUAGACCAACACGCAGCAUUUCCCAAAUUUAACUCCUGUAGGUGUCCUGAUUUGCCCAGAUUUAAACUUUUAACAUGCCGACAGAGUUGGCCCACCCCUUGGACACCCUAAAAAAUAAAUAAAAGAUGCUAAAGCGUCUAAUGUUUAGAACUAAUAUGAACUUAUGAAUGAAAAUCUUAUCCACUAUGCAAAACAUUCAUCUCAAAGAGAUGUCGGUGUUUGUGUAACCACUAGAGCCAAAUCAAGCGACCACUUUUUGUCCCGUUUAGGGCCUAGACUGCUUUCUAGGACAUCGCCUUCUCCGUUCACGGUUUCAGCAUAAGUAUCGUCGUCAUCAUCAUCUGUCAGACAUCCGUCUCCAUCCGUUCAUUAGCAAGUCUGUGCUCGCCUGCCGUUUUUUCAAACACUCCCAGAAAAUGACAGAUUUCUGAGCAGCAAAUGAAUGGUUAGCUAAUAGGCCAGCUAGCAUGCUACAAAUUGAUUGUUCACUCAUCAGUUGUCCAAAUAAGAUACAUACUUGCUUCAAGUUGCCACUUUCACUUCAAGUUACUGAAAGACUAAAACAUAGGAAAAUCGAAUUAAGCUUCUAAAGCAGUGUCCGUUAGCAUAUUGCUGGCAUCAUGCUGUAGCGAGGCUAACUGUAACUAGCAUAGAUGUUACGGUAUUACUUUUACAACUAUUCUAUCUUAACGCCAUAGGAAAUACAUCUGCUGUUUUCAAUUCUAUAUCGUAUGUCAAGUAAAGCUAACAAAUCCCUUUUUUUUUUUGUCAAAACAUGACUCAAAUCAUUUCAAGUACCAAAAAUAAAUCUGAUAAUUAAUACCAUUGCUUAGUCAUGGUUUCGUAGCGGUUGCCGCACCUCCCACGCAGGGUUUUAAAACUCAGAUGAGCAUGUUGGUGCGGCAUCCAUGGAUGAUAUUUGCACAGUUAAGUCAACAUGUAUCGCGUCACAGUUUACAUGACUUUGUCCCUGAACUUGGUAGCGUUGUUUCACGACAUUGUGACUGGUACGACGUUGGGUUGAGCGCCACCGACUAAAAUUUUCCCGGGAGCGAAAGAGUAGGACAAGAAGAACUGAACGAAACUUGUUUCCAGUUUUUCAACCUCCACCGAGGGAGUCCGAAUUCAAAUCACCACACCUUCUCUGUCCAGAACUGUUACUACGUCUUUCUUAAGAAUCGGUCCCAAAAGACAUUUUCGAUGCAACUCUUCCAACUCACUCGCAAACAAUUGAAAUAUUUUUGAAUCAUCUUAGCGAUUAUAUCCCCCGAGCCAAACCUUGUCAGUCUGUAGUUGUGAGUUAUUACUUUUUAUUUAAUGAAAAACAUCAUUUUGUCACAACAAUUCCAAGUUACUAUCAAAUAAAGGACAGAAUGCUUUUAUGAUUAAUUAAGAGAUUGUUAUAUCUUUUUCUGAGCCACACCGUGAAAAACGUUACCGUCCAAGUUACAAGCAGACAAUCCACACAAUUUGAAUUAAGCCAGCAUUACGCCCUACACUGAAGUACACCUGCUUCAUCAAGUCAUGCAUUUAAUCAAAUAUUUAUUUUCAUCUGUUUUCAUACAAAAACAAUACACAUUUUUCUAUGUGACCCAUCCUCAGGCUGAACCACCACUUCACUCUUUGUAGACUGACGGCAUGUGGUGCCCUGUGAAAACUUAAGACCUCACGUCUUACUUACUAACUAACUAUGGUCAGGUCUAACGGCAGGGAGCAAAAAGCACAGCGACCAAUGAGCCGUUUUGUGUGUGACAUUCAGGGUUUUACGCAAUUUGCUAAACAACACAGCUGGAGGUUUUUUUUUUGUAUUUUGUUUUGUCUUCAAAGUGAAUGACUGUAUUGGAGAUUUGAGACAUUUCUUCAAUGGGACUACAAAUAAUGAGGGGAACUAAGUAAGCGGGUGACUCUGAAUGACCCAGUGCGACUGUAGCAGCGGCAUGUGUCUUGUUAUUAUUUUAUUAUAGGUCGGUUUAUACGAUGACACACUGAAGUAGUAAUUGUAUUGUCUCAUUGCCUUUUGUAAAUAAACUUUUUUCAUCUUUCUA